AUGAGAAUUGAAAGAGUUGAAAAUUUAAGUUAGAUUGAGGUAGAAACUUCGCCCAGCAUUACAGAGACUAAUACCUACCAGUUCCUUACUUAUCUAUUUGGAAUAAUCUACCUAGUCUCCUGGAGUUUAUCAUUCUACCCUCAAGCCCGAGAGAACUUCAGAAGGAAAAAUGUAAAAGGGAUUUCAUUUGAAUUUGCAAUACUGCAUCCUCUUGCAUACUUAUUUUACACAAUUUACACAUAUACUGGCCGCAUCGACCACCACUCAGGCACUGGGGUUGUUACUAUUUCUGAUAUUUUAUUUUCUACUCAUGGAUUUGCCCUUACCACUGUGCAUCUUACUUAGUGCCUGAUUUACUCAAGAGGAGGAGAUAAUAGAUAUCCUCAGCGGUGGUGCUUGAUAUUUUUGGGAGUCGAGAUCGGUCUGAUUGGCUUCUUUUUCAUCCUCGAAGUCAAUGGGUCGUACAUGCCUCUUCUCAUGCAGACUCAGAUGAUGUGUGGCUAUGGGCUAGUGCUUACUAAUGUUUACAAGUACUCUGCUCAGUUUUACUAUAAUUAGAGAAGAAGGUCUACUGUGGGAUUCAGCAUUAAGCUUGUAUUCCUUGAUUUCACGGGAAGUUUGUUUUCUCUAUUGCAGCUAAUAAUGGACUCGAUUGGCAGAGGCGAGCUAGUGCUGGGUAAAAGCGCAUUCAACCUGGUAAAGUGUCUACUAUCAUGCAUAGGUAUCAUAUUUGACAUUGCCUUCAUGAUACAGCAUUACUGGCUCUACAAAUAUGCAGUGAACUACGAUAUAAAGAAAUAAGAGUAUGGAGUCAAAAGAGAUAAAAGAGGAGAGCUGACUGAGAUGGUAUAAGCCAAACUGCAGAAUUUUGAAGUGCUUGAAAAUCUGCAGAGUGGCAGCGAUAAAAGCAGGUCCUCAUAGCAUCAUCGAGAAGAGAAUAAAUAGGAGGAAUUCAGGUAGAGCAACUAUGAUAACAACAGAUACUACUGA